AUGAGAAUUGCCCUGGAGAAAAAGAAAAUAAGUACUGAAGAGCCCAAGACCCAGGAGCCUGAUGAUGUCUUCCUCCCUCCCGUGGCAGAAGUGGCUUCUCAGGCCGGCGCAGCGCAAGUGGAGCAUCCCGAUGGAUUUUCAGAAGUCCAGCURGACGAUGGCGCGGAGGAGGGAACUGCGAGCCAUGUGCGUGACGCUGCCUCGAGUGCCUCACCCUUGGCAAAGGAAGGGCCUUCAGCGGUGGCUUCGGGGCCUCCAGCAGCAGCAGCAGGAGAAGAGCCCCAGGCCCAUCCCCUACGUGAGGAGCAGGGGGACGAUGUUGAGAAGAGGCUGGGCAGGAGCCAGGGGCUCUGCCCUGCGGAGGGUCUCGCCCGGCCCUUGGGAAGCUGCGACGUGUCGGGCAGCACCUCUCGUUCCGCUGCGGCCGCCUCUCGCACACAGGGGGCUUUUGUGCAGGACAAAGAACCYGAAAGCAGCCGAGAUGUUAGAAGCCCUCUUGUCCCCUCCUUGGAGCAGCUCCCUGUUAACGUCCCCCAGUCCUGUGCGAAAUCCCAAGCACGUGUGCAGCAUCCCAGACUGAAACCCAUUUAUCCGGACUUGGCAGCUGAGUUGUCUUAUGAGAGACCGACCGUGGUAGCUGUCAAACCGCUGUUGCACAACGAAAGGCUGUACCCAGAAAUCCCGACCGAGCCGGAGCUGGUGCCGUUUACCAGAGAGCAGCUGAAGAUUUUUGAGCCGUGCUCAUGGCUGGAGAAUGUUGACUCCUACACGGAAGAAUUUGAGAGCGUUGCUCAUCAGGACAGGCACGAGUUCCACGAGCUGCUCCUGAACUACAUGCGCUGUCGCAAGCAGCUGCUGCUGGCUGAGGCUGAGCUGCAGGCCCUGGCGACAGACUGCCAAAACGCCAAGGGGAGGCUGUGGAUGUUUAAAGAGGAGCAGAAAACUGUGCAGGGUGUCUGUGCAGAUCAGUGCAAAGUGUCAGGUCACCAUCGCUAUCAGGUGGUGGAGCUGAACGAGAGCGUGUUGGGGGAACUGAGGAAGCUGUUUGAAGCCAAAGCAGAGCACGUGCACCAGACCCUGGCGCUCCACUUGUACACCUCGGUGUUGUCCCGCUUGCAGGUGGAGUCCUACAUCUACAGGCUGCUCCACAGCUCGUCCCUGCUGAGAUCCGUGGCCCUUCAGCAGCAAGAACAAGUUUCAAAGCAAUCAGAAAAUCUUUCCUCAGACUUGAGCCACUUGAAGGAAUGUGUCAGUGUCCUGUUCAGUUUCACUCGGAGAGUGAUUGAAGACCCUCAGUUUCAAAGUGACCUUCUCGCCUGGCUGCGGAGACUGGUGGCAGUGUUACAGAGAAUUGGCUGUCCUGGGGACCAUCUCUUCCUCUUGAACCACAUCCUCCGGUGCCCAGCCGGGGUCAGUGAAUGGGCUGUGCCAUUCAUUCAGAUCAAGGUCUUGGAUAACCCGUCAGGUGUCUUUCAUUUCAUGCAAUCUCUUGCCUUGCUUAUGUCUCCUGUCAAAAAUCGGGUGGACUUUAUGUGCCAUAUGAAACCCAAUGAAAGAAAGACUUCCUCUUCAUCCGGAAAAGAAUCAGGAAACUGGACACUAGUAGAUGAAGGAGGAGAAGAGGAUGAAGAUCCCGAAACAAGCUGGAUUCUACUUUUGGAAGAUGAUUUGAUUGUCCUAUUGUCACAAUUUCCUUUUCGUGAACUGUUUCAGCAGUUCCUUGGGAUCAAGUCUGGAGGUUCAUAUUUUCCUGAAAAGACAACUCCUCACGAAAUGAUGAAGAUUUUUGCUUUUGCCAACUCCUUAAUAGAACUUCUGGCUGUAGGGCUGGAAACGUUUAACAGAGCCCGUUACAGGCAGUUUGUGAAACGAAUUGGUCGUCUGAUCAAGAUGACACUUUGUCAUGUGAGUGACCACUGGGCCCAAUACYUUAGCUGCAAUCAACACUAUGGAUCAACAGGACAUCCCUACUCCAUGGAGAAAUUGCAACUGGAGUUUGAUGAGCUGUUUUUUAGAGCUGUUCUACAUGUUCUGAAGGCCAAAAGGCUGGGAAUCUGGUUGUUCAUGUCCCAGAUGCCUUAUGGAACGUUAUCCAGCCAAAUGCUUUGGAAGCUCUUCUUGGUCAUGCACUGCGCAGAGAGCGAGCACCUAGAAAAGCUCUGCUCCAACUUGCAGCCUGCUGAUUGCAAGCAGAGACUCAAAGAUCCGGAGCACCUUGAAAAUUUUGAAAAGUAUUUGAAGUCAAUGAACUGCUCAGAAGAAAUUUGUCUGCUCACCACAUUUGCUCAGAUGGCACAAACCAAACGGGCUGAUGUGGAUGAGGAUUUUAUCAAAAUGAUUGUUCUGGAGAUAUAUGAGGUGUCCUACAUCAGUCUGUCCACGAGAGAGACAUUUUCCAAAGUUGGUCGGGAGCUACUGGGUGCUAUUGCCAGCACCCACACACAGAUGAUUUCUGUUCUGCUGGAUCGAGUUAGAGGCACCAUUGAAAAGGUUGGGAUGGUUUCUUUGUACCUGUUCAAAGAACUGCCUCUGCACCUGUGGAAGCCUUCAUCAUCUGAGAUAGCUCUGAUUCGUGACUGGCUGUUAAAUAACAGUCUAACCACAGUGGAGAACAAGCUGGCUUGCAUCAUCCUGGAAGGCCUAAACUGGGGACUUGGGGAACAUGAUGCUCUUCAUCUGGAUCCAGCUGUCCAUUCUGAAGUUGCAUUGCUGGUGCUGGAAGCAUAUCAGAAGUAUCUCCCCCAGAAACCRUAUGCUGGGCUGCUCUCUGAAAGCAUAAAACAGGUCUCCUACUUGGCCAGUGUUGUUCGUUAUGGAGAAACACCGGAGRCCUCCUUCAACCAGUGGGCCUGGGGCUUGGUUUUGAGGCUGAAGCUUCACGUAAACGACYGGGGCCUGCGGCAGGGCCGGCCCGUGCCCCCCAGCGCCCCCGACAUGGCCGAGUCGGUGACGCUCCACCCGCUSCUGAAGGCUGUUAAAGCCACCAUCCCGCUCGGCUGCUACCUGGCCCUGGCCAUGACCGUGCUCGGACACAGCAUUGAGAAGUUCUGUGCUGAAGGGAUCUCUCUUYUGGGUGUACUUGUCCAGUCCAGAUACCUGACACCAGUAGUCCAUGUGCUGGAUARAAUUUUACCCCUGUUUUACUCUUGCCAGUAUUACCUCCUGAAGAAUGAACAGUUUUUAUCGCACGUCCAGCUGUUCCUGCACCUGGAUAGUGGAGUUCCUCAAGGYGUCACCCAGCAGGUUACCCACAAGGUGACACAGCACUUGACAGGAGUCACCUAUGGAGAAAACGUCAAGCUGCUCAGUAGUAUGAUGCAAACUCACAUUUUUCUCAGCACCCAAGCGCACGGCGUGGGGUCAGCAGCAGUGCUCGAGUUCUGGGUCCAGCUCCUCACCAGCCAGCAGCUGUGGCACCGGGACAGGGCAACGCUCUUCUUGCUGGAUCACUUAUGUAAAGCUGCUUUUCAGUACAGGCAGGAAGAUUGUGUGCAAAAGCUGCUCUACCAACAACACAAGAAUGCUUUAGGCUACCACUGUGACAAAGGUCUGCUGUCCUCCCUUGUUAGCUGGAUUGUGGCAGGCAACGUGACCCCUUCCUUCAUYGAGGGCAAUGCAAAUUCCUCUCAGGUCUGGUUUUCGUGGGUAGUGCUAAAUAUGGAGUCGCUAUUUGAAGAAGACUCRCAGCUUCGCCGAGUCGUGGAGGGGGAGUUGGUUAUUAAUGCUUUAACUCCUGAUCAGGCUUUGAAGAAAGCCCAGAGCCAGCUGAAGUUGCCCAUCGUGCCUUCCCUCCAGAGGCUGAUGAUUUACCGCUGGGCUCACCAGGCCCUGGCUACCCCUGCUGAUCACCCUCUCAUGCCACUAAUCUGGCAGAAAUUCUUCCUCCUUUACCUGCACCGACCAGGACCACAGUACGGGUUGCCUGUAGACGGCUGCAUUGGAAGAAGGUUUUUCCAGAGUGCAGCCCAUGCUAACUUAUUAAAUGAAAUGAAGCAGCGCUUGAUAGAGGUAGCAGAUUUYCACCAUGCUGCCAGCAAAGCACUUAGAGUGGACAGUCCUGCAGAUGGCAGUGACAGAUCACCAGAGAARGGAGGCAGCUCCACAGAUUACCUGACGUCCCCAGAACUGCACAAGGAGCUUGUCAGACUUUGUAAUGUCUUUGUGCUGUGGUUAGAAGAAGAGAGCUUUCAGAAAGGAGACACCUACAUUCCCUCCUUACCAAAGCAAUACGAUGCAUAUAGACUUGCUAAAAUCAUGCAGAAUCAACAGGAUUUGUGGAUGGAGUAUGUCAACAUUGAACUCAUCCAGCAUGAGUUUCAGGAAGCUCUGAACCUCUGGCUCCAGCUUCAGCUGGAAUCACAUACGGCCUCUAGUACCUCUGCAGAGCAAACGGAUUUCACCAACCCUGUAUCAGCCAAAGAGAGAAUAAUGAGUAAUUUGAAGAAGUUUGAUAUUCCCAAGCCCCCUCUUCCACUGCAGCCGGUGAAAGCUCCCGUGCCAGUUAUUUCCUCUGGCAGUCUAGUGAGUCAGAAAGAAGCGAUUCAGCUCAUGCGCACGGACCUGAACCUCUUGCAGCGACAUGCCAAAGCUGCGGCCGUGUGGGAAUCACAGCACGUGGCCCUCGACGGCGAGAUCCUGGACACGAUACCCAGGCUGUUUGUGAACCGGGAAGAGCAGGUCACCCUCCACGUGGAGUGCAGGGGCACGUCCAAUAAAGGCUGCCAGGGAGCAGCUCAUCUCACAGUCCAGUUUGAAGGGAAGCACAAAAACGAAGCAGUGAGCCAGCAGCUUCAUGCUUUGCGUAAAGAAGUGAGACAACUGCAAGCAGAAGCCACAAAGCCACCUUCUCUGGGUGUUGUGGAAGCAGCAGUACAURUGGAAAACUUUAUAACGGCCUUAAUAAAUAUCUACAAGGUGCAGCCCCUGCCUGCAAUUCAGAAAGUUGGGAUUAGCUUGUUUUUUACGUUAGUGGAGUAUGUGUGUGAUGAAACCCAGCGCAACCCUCCCACGAGGCAGUUUUUCUCUUCCUGCAUUGAGAUUCUGGGCCAAGUGUUUAUCAGCGGGACCAAAUCGGAGUGCAGGCGCCUUCUCCAGRCAGUCCUCCAGAAUCGAAGGCUCUGUACUCUCCUCUCUCCUUACUUCACUCCUGUUGCCUCUCCUGGUGAGUUUGUGACUUUGUAUGAGAAAGUUGUGGCCUUCCUGAGCGAGGAUAACAGUGAUGUUGUCUUCAUGCUGCUGACAAAGUUUGACCUUACACAGUGGUUAAGUGUUAGCAAGCCACCUCUGUCUGAACGUACCAGGCUUCUGGAAUCUAUCCACUUGGCUCUCAGUGCAUGUGGCCUCGAACCCGAAGAGGAGAUUUUAAUGCCAUUCAAUAUCUUCUGCAAGCAUUGGACUAACCUCCUCCAGUAUCAGUUCCCUGAUCACUAUAAUGACUUUUUAAGAAUGUUCAUGCAAAGCUCUUCAGAGCAGCUCUUGAGCCCUGACUGCUGGAAGGCAUCGCUGGAAGCCCUGGGCUGCGGCUCCUCGGGGACUGAACAGGGAGGUGUCAAGAAGAUCGAUGCUGGCAGGAGCCCUGUCCUGCAGGAGGGAGCUCUGCUCUCUGCAGAACAGGUCAGAGAGACGAUAGAGUGGCUUUCUGCCUCUUUCUGCAAACUCCGGCUGGCCUCGGUGGACUUCAGGACCUUCGGGCUCUUUUCAAAGUGGAGCCCUUACGUGCCCGAAGUGAACACGUUCCUCAAGUAUCUUAGUAAGCGGCUCGUAGACGCCGAAGUGGUCAGUUUAGGCGAGGAGCCUAUUGGCAGUAACAGGAUUCUAACAGCAUUGCAGUCCUUAUAUUCGAUCAUCGUUGGACUCUUCAAGCCAUGGAUACUGGUGUUAGAUAAGGAAGAUGCAAGUAACCAGUCCUGCUACCCUUGGUUAGAGAGUGACACUACUGUGGCUUCCAGCAUGGUCUGCUCGUUUACAGACUGCAUCGAGCUUUUGCACGAGAGCUUUAAAGAUAAGCUGUUACCAGGCCAUCAUGGGGCUCUCUGGUUGCAUCUAAUGCAUUACUGUGAAUGUUGCACAGCCCCUAAAAUGCCAGAGUUUAUUCUCUAUCAUUUCCAUACGGAAUUCAGAAGACUUCCAUGGAAGGAAAUGCACCCAGACCGGAUACUUAUGGAAGAGUUCUUCAAAGUUGAAAGAGGCAGCCCCAAGAGUUGCUUCUUAUUUUUGGGUUAUGUUUUAUGUGAAAUAAACUGGGUCAGUGUCCUGUCUGAUGCCUGGAAUCCCAACCCUCAUCCCGAGACUCACAACAUGAUUGUCUGUUUGCUGUAUAUGAUGGUCCUGUUGGCGAAGGAGGAGCAGCUUAUAGGCAGAGAGGAAUCACCAGUAAUUAAUCUCCUUGGACAGACCAGCUCCCUCCCUUGGCAACUUGUGGGCAUCUCAUCUUACCAGAGCAUCAUCAACUACUGCAACAGCCACUAUCCCCCUUCUGUUAUCCUUGCCAGGGAUGCAGCAGCUGAACUGGUGGUGAAGCUCCUGAAAAUAUCAGCAGGCUUUGGCGCAUCUUCAGACAGCCAUAUCCACCUUGAUGCAACACUGAAAUGCCGAGCGUACAUUCAUCAAGUGGUUCAGUUUCUUAGCACCUUAGAACAAAGUGGAAAGAUUACCCUUGCAAUUUUGGAGCAAGAAAUGGCCAAGCUGCUAGAUGAUAUAAUCAUCUUUAAUCCUCCAGACAUGGACCUGCAGACGCGCCACGUGGCCCUGAGCAGCCUCUUCGCGGAGACGCUGAUGAUGCUGAACAACUCGAGCGUGGCCACGGCCGAGUCGCUGCGGGGCAGCCUGCGCAAGUGGGUGGACAGCAACGUGCGGGGGCUGCUGGCCAUGCCCCUGCUCACGGCCGCCUGCCAGAGCCUGGCCUCCGUCCGCCACAUGGCCGAGGCCACCGAGGCUGCUAUCACGGCCUACUUCAACGCAGAGUCUCCUCAUCACCAGGAUUUAGGCUGGGGCCCUAUUCUUGCCUCUCUCCAAGUUCCUGAGCUAACCAUGGAGGAGUUCCUGCAGGAGUGUCUGUCUUUGGGAAGCUACUUGACCCUAUAUGUCUACCUGCUGCAAAGUCUAAACACUGACCAGACACUUGCCAAUGAAAUGAAAACCCUGCAGACUAUUAGUAAAUGGCUGGAGCAAGUGCAUCCAAGCUCASCGAAGGAGGAGGCGAAGCUGUUCCUUUGGUGGCACAAAGCCAUGCAGCUCUCCCUGGUUCAGCUGGAGCAAGACGAUGCCAUCGUCAUCGAGUCUGUCCUCCGGACGCUGCUCGCGAUCCAGGGCAGGCAGGGUCAGCUGGCUGAGGAGAGACUGACCUCUGGCAUUCUUGGUGCUAUUGGGCUGGGCAGGAGGUCACCGUUGUCCCCCAGGUUCCGGGUGGUGGCCCGCAGCUUGGCCACCUUCCUCUUGGUGCAGAUUCCUGCGGAGAACCAGGUCCGCCUGCGGGCAGGUCCAGAGCCGAAGCUGUCGCAGAAGGCCCAGCAGGCACUGAAUGCUCUUGAGUCUAUGGCAUCAAACAAACAGUACGUGGAUUAUCAAGAGCAGCUCUCCCAGGCUUCCCAGUUCAUCAGGCAUCCAGAGCACUGUCUUCGGGAUGGCAAUAACCUCUUGGCUCUCCUUGUUAACACUCUGUACCCAGAAGUGCAUUACCUGGACAGCAUACGGUAGCAGCCACGUCACGCAGCGGUGGAUUGCUCUGGUUUACAUUUGAAGCUGUUGUUGUUGCACAAGUAACUUUGACCCGCAGAUUUCCACUUUAAAUAAGCCAGGGGUGUGAGUGAGAGCUGCACCCUGACACAUUUCAUCCUUUCCUUUCUUUCAAGCACUUAUGAUCUGCAGGCCUGUGGAAUCGUUCAGUUCUUACUGAACAGACUUGGUUAUCCUCCUGUGCGUGGUACACAUGAGCAGGGAGGGCACCUGAGAACAGACACCCAAAUCAUUAGGCAGCAAAGAUCAUCCUUGAUUCUUGUAGCCUCUUAAGUUUUUGCUUUGUGCCUUUCCAUUUUCCGAUGUGUUGUCAUGUGAGCCAGGGCAAGCUGGAUCAGGGGUUGUCUGUGAAGGAGGUUUUGACCAUCUUACCCAGGAUACCUCUAAACCUUAAGUUAUUGUGUCUUCGGAGACUUGCAGACUUGCAUUUGGGAAGAUGGUAUUAAAAAUAUAAAUUCUUUGCCCUCCCACAGAACUCUGUAGUUGAAAGGCAUGUUUACAGUCAUCUGUUUCUCCAUAUACAAACUAAAAUUUGGGCUAAAGAAAUGUGUUUUUUUUUUUUUUUCCCCCUUCCUAUUUUCAAAACUUGGUGAGUUUGCUUCCAUGUUGCUUAACUGAAUGCAAGUCGUUUCUGGCCAUGUUGUUUUGGAGUCAGAUAAAGUGUAAAGGUAAUUUUCAGGAUUCCUCAGUGUGUGGGAGGGGAACAGGCAACUAUGUUCAUGUUAAAUACUGGCUUAAUUCUGAARGUCUAGUUGUUUAGAAGGUAGGGGUUUAUCAAAUGGGCACCUCUUGAAUUUUAUUCUUACAAUCUUACCUGGGUGUGAUGUGACGGGAUUUGAGAUGACACUGUGAAAAGCUAUAUAUAUCUUGUGUUAAAUCUGGUGAUUACUCGUUAAAACUCGAUUGUGAAAGCAUGAGCAAUGAGCCUGCCUGUCGUUGCAGCGGAGAKACCACUGGUUUUGUUGCCUUGUCUGGUUGCAAGAUGCCCCUUUCUUUAGGGAAAACAGAAGGUGAGUUUCUCAAGUUGCUCGCCUGACUUGGGCCAUUUUGUCCCUGAUCUGUUCCUGGGGUCCCAAGGUCCCAGUCUGUGCCCCUCUGCAAAGGAACAGCGACAGCUUUUCUGUGUUGUGCCUUUCUGUUUAGAACAUGGUUACACAUCAAAAUUUAGUUUUGGCUACUAGAGGAAGGAAAUGUGCUACCCUACUGUCUGUUCCAUAGCACAUCGCUGUGAAGGAUUUGCACUUACUGUGAUUUCUGUGCUGGAGAAGAAGCCACCUCUCUCCUCGACAGAUCCUGCCAACUCUCCCAGCUGGGUCAUCCGAUCACCUUCAUCUGGUCUUACAGUUCUUUGCUCUAUCUGCGAGCCUACACAUUUAUGUACGUCCCUCUGUAUAUUAACCGAACAUCAGUGCAGCAUGGUUUCUAACAGACUCUUUUGGAAAAAUUGCAACUGGAAGGAAGUUUUGCU